CUCCUUUGAGCUCAGCCCUUGGGCUUCAGAGUAGCGGGGAGCCUCUGAGGCGUCUUCCCUAGCUGGUAUUGGAACAUCUGUGUUUCGGGGUGAUCUCCACCACUGCCUCUCUCACGGAGCCCCAGGGUCUUCCUUCCAGUAUAGUGAUCAGACCCGCCCAACUCUCUCGAGGCCCCACCAAGGGCCGGCUGGAUGAGACGCUGAAGGCAGACGCGCUCCUGCAGUCUCUCCGCGCCUUCCUGGGUGACGGGGCAGGACUCCACUUCUGAUUGGCACUGCUCCCAGCCUGCCUUGGCUGCCUGGCAACAGUUCUGCGUCUCUCGCUGAGGACACAUGAUGGCUGGUGGUGGCAAUCCAGCAGCCAAGAGGGUGGUGGUAUACCGGAACGGGGACCCCUUCUCCCCAGGCCGCCAGCUGGUGGUGAGCCAACGCCGCUUUCCCACCCUGGACGCCUUGCUCCAUGAGGUGACCUCGACUGUGCAGGCCCCAGUGGCUGUGCGGGCCCUCUAUACUUGUGGUGGCCACCCUGUCACUGACCUGGCUGACCUGCAGAACGGAGGGCAGUAUGUGGCUGCUGGCUUCGAAAGAUUCCGCAAGCUGCAGUAUUUACCCCCUGGACGGAAGGAUCCAGGUGGAAAGGGCAGCAGACUACGAGAUCCUCCAGUGACUCACUACCCAGGUGACAGGACCCUUGGAGCGCGACCACCUGCAGGUUCCCCCUGCUAUAUCCAUGUGUUCAGGAACGGGGACCUGGUAAGUCCCCCAUUUAGCCUGAAGCUGUCCCAGGCUGCUGGCGAGGACUGGGAAACCGUGUUGAAGCUCCUGACUGAGCAGGCCGGACUGCAGGCCGGGGCUGUGUGCAAACUCUGCACCCUGGAGGGGCUCCCACUGGCAGCAAGAGAGGCGCUGGUGAAUGGCCAUUAUUAUGUGGCGGUCGGAGAGGAGGAGUUCAAGGCCCUCCCCUAUCUGGAGCUGCUGGUGCCUAGCCCCUCGCUGCGCAGGGGCUGCCGGCAACCCCCAAACCCAAAGUCGAAGCCCCGCAAGCCAUGGGCCCCAAGGGCGUGCAAGCUUGGCCUGAGGGGAGAGAAGGCAAGAACCAUCAUCACCCACAGCCCAAGCCCAGUAUCCCCUCCACGGGCCCAGGGCCACAGGGCUCAGGCACCUCAGACCUCUCCGGAGGAGCCCAGCCCCAUUGAGCCAUCUCCUUUUUAGGCCAGACCCCAGCAGGCCACUCAGCCAAGCAGCAGGCUACCCACGCUCUCAUUUCCAUCAGGAGUCAAGGGAGUAUAUGAGGCUCCCUACCCGAGGAAGGAGACAGCAGGGGCCCAGGAAGUGGCAGAUGACGAAGACACCUACACGGAGGAACCCUUGGAUCAGAGGGCAGCACAGGCGGUGGACGAGGCCCUGCGCCUGGCAAAGCAGCCUGCUGGCGCGGCAGUCUCAGCCUCAACCCCAUCUCUGCCAUCUCGGGAGCCAGCAGCUCCAGCCAGGAACUGGGGCGGCCACUCUGUAGCCACCUUUAAUCCUCUUCUCCAGCAGUCUGCUCCAGGGGACCCAGCGCCUCCCCUGGGCUCACAGGAUACCCUGUAG